UUUCUGUGUUAACUCUCAAACAUCGAACUUUAAUUUGUUAUAGUCAUUAAUGGAUUCUCUCUAGUCGGGGAGAUCAAAUAUAAAGAAGUCAGUCUCAGAAACCUCAAAAUGAGCUUUAUUUCAAGAUUCGGGAACCGUUUCUCCAAUGGGUUCUGCAGAAACCCAAAUUUUCUUGUCCCUUUAUCGUGGAAAUUAAUCAACUCGAACGGUGUAUCCCGGACAUUUAGUCUUCCUGCAAGGAAAGAGGAGGAGGAAGACGAGAUAGAGAUUGAUCAGAGGAGACUUCCUGCAGAUUACGACCCAUCAAAUUUCGAUCCCACAGAGCAUCGGAGCCCUCCAACCGAUCGGGUUUUCAGGUUGGUAGAUGAAAUUGCAGGGUUGACAUUAGUUGAAGUGGCUGAGCUGUCAUCGAUUCUGAUGAGGAAAUUAGGUAUGAAGGAAACACCAGUUGUGGGGGUCAUGAAACCAGGAGCUGCUGGAUUGGCCGGAAUAGCGUCGAUGAAAGCAACGUCGGCGGCAAAAGACGAGAAGAAGCCAGAGAAGACUGUGUUUGAGUUGAAGUUGGAGUCCUAUGAGGCUGCGGCGAAGAUUAAAAUCAUCAAGGAGGUCAGGAGUUUCACCGAUUUGGGUCUCAAGGAAGCAAAGGAUUUGGUGGAGAAGACGCCGGCGGUGUUCAAAAAAGGUGUGUCGAAGGAGGAAGGGGAGCAGAUUAUUGAAAAGAUGAAGGCUCUCGGGGCUAAAGUAGUCAUGGAGUAAAUCAGGUUACUCAUCCGUGAUUUUUGAAUGUUCUUCCCAAUUUAAAGCUUUUGUUUCAAAUUGAAAACGAGCACUGAGAGUUGCGAUUUUAUGCUCUGUUCUUUUGAAUUGGAUUAACUUUACUGUAGUUGAGGAUGAUGAAAAUAAUAUAUUUAAGCUUAACUCAUAUGUUUCA